AUGGUACAAGAGCCGACAGUCGCUAUGGAAGCCAAGAAGAAACAUAGGAAAGUGCUUCGGGCGAGUUUCACCAAAGUUGCCAACGAAUUAGACACUCUAUUACAGGUUGACAAACCUGUGCACUGUGAUGUAGAAAUCUCUUGGGAAUGUCUGAAAGGGAAAUUCGAUGAAUUACAUGCGUGUGAGAAUCAAGUUUAUGAGGCCCUGCUGGAAAGUGCUACGGAGGAGCAGCUUAUGUCAGAAAUUGACAGCAGUGACGCCUACCAGAGAAGGUUCACCGAUCCACGUCUGAGAUGUAAUAAGGUGCUUCAGCCGGGACACGCAACUGCGGAGGUAGAUGAUAUGAUCUCUUUGGUAUCAGGAAGUUCGGGGCAUUCUACGCAUCUAGGGGAAAGUGGAAAAGGUAAGCGCAAAUUUAAACUCCCGCGAAUCGAAUUUAAACAUUAUGACGGUAACGUAAAAGACUGGUUAGGGUUUUGGUCACAGUUCAGAAAGGUCCAUGAGGAUCCCGAUAUAGACAGUAGUGACAAAAUCGAAUAUUUAAUACAAGCCACAGUACCGGGCAGUAGGGCGCGGCAACUUGUAGAGAGUUUUCCUGUGGUAGGAGAAAACUAUGGCAAAAUUGUGGAAUGUAUGCAGGCUAGGUUUGGUAGGGACGAUCUACAAAUUGAAGUACAUGUCAGGGAGUUAUUAAAACUAAUUUUGGGUAAUACAAGGUCUUCCCAGAAAUCAGAUAUCUCCAAGCUUUACGAUGAGAUCGAGACACAACUUAGAGCGCUUGAAACGGUAGGAAUAACUUCGGAUAAAUAUGCAGCAAUGCUCUUUCCACUGAUUGAGUCAUGUUUGACGCAGGAUUUGUUAAGAAUUUGGCAGCGUUCAUCUUAUAACUCGUCUCAAAACGGUGCCGAUUCUAUUAGGUCUUUAACCGCGGAUGCUACACUUGAAAUUAAACUUAAAAAUCUUAUGAGUUUUUUACGAGCUGAAGUAGAAAACGAACAAAAGAUCUGCUUGGCAAGUGAAGGUUUCGGUUUGUUAGACAAUUCUGUUAGGUCAGGCAGUAGUGUUGAUCAUAAAAAGAAGUCUGCAAAAGAUCUCUCAACUGCAACAGCGGCUGGGCUGCUAAAUGCUUGUGUUGCCAAGUGUAUCUUUUGUGCUGGAUGUCACAGUAGCGAUAUGUGUUUCAAAGCUCAAAAAAUGGGUUACGACGAGAAGAAAAACAUUAUAGCAGAAAAGAAAGCUUGCUUCAAGUGCCUAAAAGUUGGACAUCAGUUAAGAAAAUGCCGCAGUCGAUUGAGGUGUGUUGUCUGCGGACAAUCACACGCACCAUUGAUGUGUCAAAGCUUACCUAGCAUCAAGCAAGAAUCCGAUGGUGCAAAAGCUAAGGAUGCAGGUGGAGAUCAAGUUAUGACAAAUCAAACAAGCAAACAAGUUUUCUUACAGACACUGCGAAUUACUUUAAAAGGAGCUACUGGUACAAGAAAGGUUAGAGCCUUGAUAGAUAGUGGAUCGCAACGAUCAUACAUAUUGAAAACUACAGCACUAGCGCUUGGUUUGAAGCCUAAGCGAAUUGAAAAGAUAGUGCAUUGUCUAUUUGGCGGUCAGAUGUCUACCGAUACGCAUUAUUGCUAUGAUGUUGCUAUGGUUAAUGGGAAGUACACGAAGAAUUUUGAAGCUUUAGAUCAACCAUACAUAUGCAACGAAGUCGCUCCGAUUUUCAAUGGUCCCUGGAUGGAAGAAUUUAAACGUUUGGGGGUUAGUAUCAGCGAUUCAGAAAACUCUGACCCUAUCGAACUUCUGUUAGGAGCAGACAUUGUUGGGUCAUUGUACACCGGGAGACUCCAUAAAAUACAAUGUGGACUGACUGCAAUGGAAACCAAUCUUGGGUGGACAGUAAUGGGCCGAGUCUCAGGGUCCAAUAUUCGAUCCAAUGAGACAAUGACUGUUCUAUCUCUAUUUGCAAAUCCCUCAAUCGCAGAUUUGUGGCAAUUGGAUGUACUGGGAAUACAGGAACCCACUGAAAAGAAAACUAAACAAGAAAUGGCUAAUGCAGCGAAGGACUUGUUUCUUCAAACGGUUACCAUAAACAUGGAGGGGAGAUAUGAGGUUCGGUUACCAUGGAUUGAAGGACAUCCCCCGUUACCAACGAAUCACAGUGUUGCCAGAAAGCGGGUAAGAGCUAUUAUGCACAAAUUAGAGAGGGAUGGCUUAACCGAACGCUACGAUCAAGUUUUCUGCGAGUGGGAAUCCCAAGGUAUAAUCGAGCGAGUUGAAAGAGAAAAUUAUGGUCACUUUUUGCCGCAUCGACCAAUAUUGAAAGAGGGCUCUACCACCGCGAUAAGACCCGUAUUCGAUGCUUCAGCACAAGAAAAAAACAGUCCUUCUCUAAAUCAGUGCCUGGAGAAAGGGCCUAAUUUGAUUGAAUUGAUACCUUCUUUAUUACUCAGAUUUCGUGAAUUUAAAAUCGGUGUCAUUUCAGACAUAAAAAAGGCAUUCUUGCAAAUUAGUGUGCAUGAGAAGGAUCGAGACUUUUUAAGGUUUCUUUGGAUUGAUAAGGAGGAUCAAGAGUUUGUUUAUAGGCACAGACGUGUUGUGUUUGGUGUCAACUGUAGCCCGUUCUUACUUGGAAUGACAAUCGAACACCAUUUGAAAAAAUGCAUGGAUAAUUGUGGAAGCAUGGACGCUGAAUAUUCUCGGGAAACCAUUGAAAGAUUAUCCAAUAGUUUUUAUGUUGACAACUGUGUUACGAGUUUACCAGAUAAGCAUAAAUUGAAUAACUUUAUAAAAGGAUUUAUAUCUGCAGUGGCGGAAGGUCAGUUCGAUUUGAGAGGCUGGGAAUUUUCUGGAAAUUCGGACUGUGAAGAUUUCAGUGUUCCUGUUCUCGGAAUGAAAUGGUUCACUAAACGAGAUGUGUUGACAAUCAAUGACAAUCUUUUUAAAUCUGCUUCAGAUGAUUCAGCUGUCACAAAAAGAUUGAUUUUAUCCAUGUCACAGAAGGUAUUUAAUCCUAUAGGAGUCACUGCCCCAACUACAUUGGUACCAAAAUUAUUGCUGCAGAAGUUGUGGGAAAAGCAAAUACCUUGGGAUACGCCGGUUGACGAUGAAGUCGCAAUUGCUUUUCGAAAUUGGCUCACAGGAUUACCACAUCUUCUCGAAGUAGAAAUUCCUCGUUGGAUUUCUACCGGUUCUAAAGAUGUACAAAACUUGAGCAUCCACGUCUUCUGCGAUGCCAGCCAAAAAGCAUAUGCUACAGUGGUAUAUUGCAGAGUCGAAAAGGAUAAAAAUGUAUCCAUACAUUUAUUGGCUGCAAAAUCUAGGGUUGCGCCAUUGAGAAAAUUAACAAUUCCGCGUUUGGAGCUUAUGGGAGCAACAAUAGCUGCUAGACUUUAUAAGCAAGUUGCGGAUAACCUUACAAGCAACUUUGAUUGUUUUUUCUGGUGCGAUUCAUCAACUGUUAUAACAUGGAUUCAGAGCCAGGAGGAAUGGGGAACAUUUGUGUGGAACAGGGUUAAUGAAAUCAGACGAUUGACUCCAGCAGAACAGUGGUGUCAUGUACCCGGAGCAUAUAACCCUGCAGAUCUUCCAUCACGAGGUUGUUCUCCCAAGCAACUUUUGGAAUCGAAAUGGUGGGAGGGUCCUAGUUGGUUGUAUCAAGAUAGAGCAGAUUGGCCAUCCGAAAGACCGAUUGUUAAUGAGGAAGAGAUCGCCGGAGAACGAAGAAAGAAGCUAGUUACAGUACUUCAAGAUUGUACCAUGAGAGAUAUACAAAUCGCCGGGUUCCCCACAGGCAAACUUUUUCAGCUGUGGAAAGAAGGUUGCGAGAAACUGGGGAAAUUCAACCUAAGCAUGAGGAUAAUGGACAAAGACGAUAUAUCAGAAAUGUAA